AUGAAAUCACUAUCCUGGGAAGAAAGGGGCAUACGUGUUGAUGGAAGAUUUCUUUCGAACCUUCGUUUUGCGGACGACAUCGUUCUCUUUUCGAGCAGUACCAAUGAAGCAGAAACGAUGGUCAACGAAUUGAACGAAGCAGGAAAGAGAAUAGGACUGCGAAUAAACAGAAAGAAGACACAGUUCAUGAAGAACGCCUACUGCGAGGACGGAGGAGUACAACUUGAAGGCUCCCACAUCGUGAAAACUUCGUCAUACGUAUACCUCGGGCGUUCUAUGAACAUGGAAAACGACUUAAAGGAAGAACUGAAUAGAAGAAUGAGAGCAGCAUGGGCAGCAUUCGCAACCGUCAGGGAAGCUACGGACCAACUGACGGACCAAGAUCUUCGUGCCCAUCUGUUCGACUCGACAGUUCUUCCAGCGCCCUGUUACGCAGCGGAGACGUGGGCAGACACCGCUGCCAUGUCUAGGAAGCUACUUACUACCCACAGAGCCCUUGCGAGAUGUCUUCUGAACUUUAACCGGCGCACACAACAUCUAGCCGGUCUUCACAGCUCCGACUUAAGAGGAAUGUCCCGUCUUCGCGACCCAGCGGAAUAUGUAUCGAAAGCAAAACAUAGAUGGGCCGUUCACAUCAUGAGAAAAGAAUCGACGAUAGAUGGACUAAAAGAACGUUAG